AUGAAUCUGAGUCCGUGAUGGAGGGAGAUUCCGUCACUCUACACACUAAUCUUACUGAAAUACAGAACGAUGAUACCAUACUGUGGAUGUUUGGACCUAAAGACUCUGUCGUAUCUCAAAUAACGAGAAAGGCAGGAUUGACUUCAUUUUUUGUGACCGAUGAUGAGAGAUUCAGAGGCAGAUUGAGGGUGGACCAAAAGACUGGCUCUCUCACCAUCAGAAACACCAGAAUCAGACACUCAGGAAAAUAUAAACUAUCCGUCUCAAGAGAACAGACUACAAUAAAGAUAUUCAAUGUUACUGUCUUUGGUGAUGUUGGCAAGAUGGAUGAAGUGAAGUCAGUGUCAGUGAUGGAGGGAGAGUCUGUCACCCUACAAACUGAUGCUGAAAUACACUCAGAUGAUCUGAUUGUGUGGAGGUUUGGAGAUAAAGGCAUCCUUCUCGCUAAAAUUGAUGUGGAAACUAAAGAGAUCUCAUUAAAUGAUGAUGAUGAGAGAUUCAGAGGCAGACUGCAGCUGAAUCAGACUGGAUCUCUUACCAUCAAGAAGACCAAAACUGAAAAUACUGGCUUUUAUGAGCUACAGAUCAGAGGCCGCGAGAGCUCCCAGCGAUUCCUUCUUUCUGUCACUGGUCCAUGGCUGUCUCCAGGUCUUAUAGCAGGAAUUGUUGUUGCUAUUUUGCUGGUGGCUGCUGUUCUGGCUGCUGUUGUGAUUUACUAUCGCCGCAAGAUCUCUAUACUAGAAAAAAAACGGUUAAAGAGAAAUCCGGUGAAAGAGGGAGGUUCUGUGCGUCUACAUACUGCUGCUAAAAUACAGGAAGGUGAUCUG